AUGGACCGCCUACAGCCACUUCAACGUUUGGAAGACGACUAUUAUGUCGGCGAAAUUGGACGGCCAGCAGUCGAGAGCGACUAUGAUUCGAGUUCUGAUGACGAGCUGCAGCACGAAUUGAAGCGGCUCGCCGGCAUUCCGAAUUGUAAAGAAGUGAAAAAGAAAAAGGUAUGGGAUAAAAGAGAUGAAUUCGUUGAUGAAAUGGAGAGCGAUUUGGAUGAUAGCAUUUCAGAAUACGCACGCAAACACAUGGGUGGUUCAAAUCAAGAUCUCACAAAGGACGAACUUCCCCAGCUUGUUGACCCAACUACGGACAACGAGAUGGAAACGUCGCUUCCUGGUACUUCAAAAGAUACUAAAAGCACGCCAGCUUCAAAAGAUACCAAAUCGCCAAAGAAACAGAAGAAGGUCACUAUAAAUGAAGAUGUUGAAAUGGGAGAUGCAAAAGACGGGGAUGAGACGAAUCCCAUUCUUAAAAUGGCAAAGGCUCAACUUAAAGAGAAAGAAGAGAAACCUGAUUUCUAUGACUCAGACGAAGAUGAAGAUAAUGAAAGGUGGAUUGCUGAAAAGCGACGACAAAGCAAAGGAAUGAAAAAAGAUGAACAAGGAAAUUCGAGUGCUUCUGGCAAGGAAAGUCGAGCAAAAAUAGAUGAUGAAUCGGACGCAGUUCUUUCUUGUCCCGGUUGUAUGUCACUGCUCACACGGGAUUGUCAACGCCAUGAAAUUUACAAGAAUCAAUACCGGGCGAUGUUUGUAGAAAAUGUCGAAGUUGUUGACGAGCUGAUGACGGUUGAGGAAACGGGCAAAACAAAAAGAAAUAAGAGGCGAAAAGAAAAGAAAUCUGGAGUCGAACAUCAAUUCGGCGAUAGAGAUCUCUUUUAUCCAGUUCGAUGUGUCGUUUGCAAGACUUCUGUUGGAGUGGUCGAUUUGGAAGAAGUUUAUCAUUUUUUCAACGUUCUUUCGGGUUACGCU